ACACCCCAUGUCCUUAUAAGGACAACGCCACUGUAAUGCUCGCGCGCCCUUGAGAUAUGCGCGGCGAGCGAGAUGCGCGGGGGCAUGGAUGGGGCAUAGAAUGCGCGCCACUCUCGCGCAGAUAUGCCUGUUGCUGACCGUGAUCGGCGUACACACGUUCAUACCGGGCGCUGAUGGCCCAGUGACGAACCAGGAGGCAAUAGAAGGAGGCAACGUCACUCUCUAUUGCGACACCGAAACAGAAUCACCCGACGAGCUUAUGCUCCUAGUUUGGUAUAAAAGCUACACGCCUAUUUUUAGCUACGACGCGCGCAACCAGAGCCAGUGGGCGAACCCUUCCAGUUCAGGUGGCACCAGGAUCUCCGCAACCCUCGACCGGCAGCCGACUUCCAUCACCAUCUCAAGAUUGACGGAGCUGGAUCAGGCGCUGUAUCACUGCAGGGUCGACUUCUUGGUCUCGCCGACCAGGAAUAUUGGGGUCAACUUGACUGUAAUCGUCCUUCCAAGUCAACCAUUCUUCUUGGACGAAGUCGGAAACAAGGUGCAGGACAGAAUCGGGCCUUACCACGAAGGAGAUACCUUGGUGCUCAGCUGUCUGGUCAUAGGAGGUCGACCGCCGCCCCGGAUCAGCUGGUACUCUGGGAAGACCCUGGUAGACGCAUCUGACGGCGCCAGCGACAUCCCAACAGUGAGGGAGAACGAGCUAUACCUCCCUCUCACUCGGGACAACGCAGCUGAGCUGACCUGCCGAGCUUCGAACACGCACCUCCGCCCACCCAUCGAAGCCAGUUUGGACAUUGAGCUUUAUCAUCAACCUACCUGA